AUGGAGACGAAUUUGGUGGAUAAAUUGAAGGAAACUGUAAAUUCCUUAAGAAGUUGGGAGGGGAGAUCAGGUCAGAAUUAUAAAAAACGUUUGGAUAGCUUAAGGAAGACGGUGGGAGCUGCUCAGAGUAGGAAUGAUGCUCAUGGGACGCAGAAUUUCAUGUCUCUAUCUAAAGAAUACCAUGACCUAUUGAGGGAUGAAGAAGUGUACUGGAAACAGCGAUCUAAAAGCUUUUGGUUGGCGGGUGGCGAUUCAAAUACGAGAUACUUCCAUAAUUAUGCUUCGGCGAGGCAAGGGACAAACCAUAUCAACAGGUUGAGGGAUGAAAAAGGUGAUUGGCAGUCCAAAAAACAUGAGAUCGAUGGGAUUAUUUUGAGGUAUUUCAAUGAACUAUUUUCUGAUUCUAGUUCGCCUAAUAUUGAUUUUAUUGAGGUCAGCUCGUGUGUGUCUCAAAUUGAUAAUGAUUGUAUGUUGAGUCCUAUCUCUAAUUUUGAAGUUCGAAAGGCGGUGUUUAGCAUGCACAAUGAUAAAUCGCCGGGUCCGGAUGGAUUUAAUCCGGCAUUUUACAAGUCAAAUUGGGGAGUAGUUGGUGGAGAUCUAGUCAAAUUAUGUAGAGACCUUUUUGCUAAUGCUUAUGAGAUUGGGCAUUAUCUGAGAUGUAAAAGGAGGGGUAAGUUUGGUAUGGCGGCUCUUAAGAUCGAUAUGAGCAAGGCGUAUGAUAGGGUGAGUAUUGGGGAAUGUAUAGGCACUGGUCCGAUUAUUCCCAGUAGAGGGCUGCGGUUUAAGUCUUUGUUAUCACAUGAGGAAAAGUUAGGAAAGCUCCACGGAGCAGUGAUUUGUAGAGAUGCACCUACGAUUAGUCACUUAUUUUUUGCAGAUGACUGCUUUUUAUUUUUCCGGGCUUCGGUGGAGGAAAUGCUGGUUGUGAAAAAUGUGUUAGAUUUCUAUGAAAACUUUUCGGGUCAAAAGGUAAAUUUUCAUAAGUCUAAUAUCAUUUUUAGUGCUAAUGUAGACCGAGAAUGUAAGGAGAGUAUUUGUUCGGUUAUGGAGGUGGUAAAGGAUUCGGAUAGCGGAAAAUAUUUAGGGCUCCCUUCCCUUGUGGGGCGGAAUAAAAACCAAAUCUUUGCUUUUAUCAAAGAUAGGGUUUGGAAUAAAGUAAAGGGAUGGAAUUCUAAAUUUCUUUCGAGAGGAGGAAAGGAAGUGUUGAUAAAGACGGUAGCUCAAUCAAUGCCUAACUAUGUGAUGAAUGUUUUUUUGAUUAAGAACGUAUGCUUAAUUCGUUUUGGUGGGGUAGAGAUCAAACGAAGAAGAAAGAAAUUUAGUGGUAUGGGUUUUAAGCGAGUCCGUGACUUUAACAUAGCAAUGCUGGCUAGGCAAGCUUGGAGAUUUCUUUCGAUGGAAAAUAAUUUAAUUGUGAAGGUUUUUAAGGCAAAAUAUUUUCCAGAAACUUCUUUUCUUGAGGCAAGCUUAAGAUCUAAUCCUAGUUACGUAUGGAGAAGUUUGUUUGAAUGUAAAUCGGUGAUGGAAAAAGGAGCUUGA